GCUUCCAGUUGACGCUUGUCGCCUUGGCCGCCUUCCGCGCCGCCGCUUCUUCAACCCUUAUUUGUUCCUCUCCGGCGACAAGGAGGCGCACUUGAUUCGUUUACUCUCAUAUCCUUCCUUUGCUCUCGUGGUUUUAGAUUUAUGCGUUCUUCUUUGGAUUCAUCAAUUGAUCAAAUUUUGGUCGUUGCCGUUUUGUUUCCUUUGGGUGAGAAGCAGAUAUCUUCUCCGGGAGCAUCUCUUUGAGUGAAAGGCGGACGCUGGAGCAUCCAAGACCUACCCGCAGAAGGUUGGAACCACCUGCAAGCAAAGUAGCAACUCGUACUUGAGUUCAUGGGGGACGAUAACAUAAUCCACUCUGGCGGUUGUCACUGCAAGUGCGUUAGGUGGCAGGUUGAAGCACCAUCUAGUGUGGUAGCAUGGAGCUGCAAUUGUUCCAACUGUUCCAUGAGAGCAAACACCCACUUCAUUGUGCCAUCAUCUAAAUUCAAGCUCGCAGCCGGUGCCGAGCAGUUCCUAACAACAUAUACCUUCGGCACUCAUACUGCCAAGCACACCUUCUGCAAGCUAUGCGGCAUAACUUCCUUCUACUUCCCAAGAUCAAAUCCUGAUGGUGUCGCAGUGACAGUUAGCUGUGUCGAUCCUGGUACCAUCAUUCAUGUCGAAACCAGGUACUAUGAUGGCAAAAACUGGGAGAGCUCCUUCGAGCAAAGCUCCAUAUCAUCAUUUUCAAAAGCAGAUAACAAUUAGUUAAGUUUUCUUUGUUUAAGUGGUAAUAAACAGAAUAGUGUUGUUGGUGUGUUCCCAUUCCAGCCUAUGUGAUGACGUUAAGCAGUAUCGUAUGUCGAUCAGCAGUAGUUUAAAGCAAUAAAGUAUUUUAAUCUUGGACAAAAA